CCAAUCCAAAAUUGGUUUGUUUACAUUUUUGCCGAGAAGCAUGGUAUUUAAAGUUGACGUUGAAUCGUUCGUCUUGGAGAAAGAAAGGCUGAGAAUAUCGGACAGGAAUAAUAUUUGUGUAGAGAUUUGUGAUGUAAUUGAUUGUCAUCUCUCAGAGGAACCAGCUGGAUUCUUGUCUGGUUUAUUUUGGUCCUCUCCUAACCUUGUCGUCAGGUACAUCUGUAAAGGAAAAAACUACAAGUGGACAGCAGAAACUGUACAGGUCACUGGGUCAAAAGAGGAAUGCGAGGCACUACAGGACAAGAUCAAUGAAAAUUUAGGUCAAGUGAACCAGAGACCAAAAAAACUGGGAGUUUUUAUUAAUCCUAUUGGAGGAAGCCAAAAUUCUCUGGAUGUAUACAACAAAGUUGUCUACCCUUUGUUUAAAGCAGCAAACAUAAAAUGUGACGUCAAUGUUUCUGAACGACCAAAGCACAUGAUUGACCUGAUAAACUGUUUCGACACAGCUAGUGUUGAUGGAUUAGUAAUAGUAGGAGGUGACGGAAGUUUACUUGAAGUCCUCAACUGUCUCCUGACCCAAGCUCAGAAAGAGGCUGGUUUAGAUUAUGAUCAACCUACCUGUAAACUUAAACAUUUAGAGAUACCAAUCGGCAUCAUACCAACAGGUACAGGAAAUGGAGCAGCUAAAUUUCUUUAUGGCACUCUGGAUUAUGUCACAGCAGCAUUGCAUAUAAUUAGGGGCGAGACAAAUGAAAAUAAUGUUCAGGCUGUGUACAGCGGUGGAAAGUUGAUGUCCUUCAGUCUCAUCGCCGUUGCCUGCGGAUUUUUCACAGACAUGAUGUAUGAAAUGGACAGACAAAGGUGGCUGAAAAAAGCAAGAUAUGCAGUUGUACCUUUUUAUAUGGGACUUUUCAAGAAGAAGAGGUUAUUAAAUGUGAAAUUAUCAAUAAUCCCAGGAAAGCUUUCUUCAGAGACUGAUGAUAUUGAAGGAACAAUGGAGGAAAUGGAAGUAGGACAAGUGAGCAGUUUAAUAUCCUUCUCUGGCGACUUAUUCAACAAUGCAACAGAUUCUACAAUGGAUUUUGUUAAAAUGUCUCAGAGUACAAGAAAAACAGGACUUUUUACUCUUCUGGCUUUCAAAGAAAGCGGCCGCUUGGAAUUCCUAUCUUGUUUCAUGGGAUUUUUAACAAUGACUCGAUCCUUAUUCCAGAAGGACUGUAUAUCUACGCACACAGUAAGGGGAUACAAGGUAAAGCUUCCUGGCUGCAAUGAGAAUUUGGACCAAGAUCCAAGCAUAGCGCGGAUGAAUAAUUUACUUGAUGUUGACGGAGAAAUGAUUGACAUCUAUGAGGGGGAGUUUGAAGUACGGACUCACAUGAAGCUGGCCAAAUUCUACACCUCUCACUGAAAUUUCUGUACAUUUAGAUCUGAUGGCAAUAAAUGGUUAGGCGUUGCUGGAUUGAGACAAUCAUCUAAUAAAAUGUAAUUUUGUACCCAGCUGUUGUUUGAUUAUACUGGAUAACAUUCUAUAUAUGUAUCACAAUAUAUAGCAUCUAUUCCCCAACUGAUUUAACCUAUAUAUGGAACUAUAUAUACACACAUUUUACCUGUAUAUUUAUCAGUCAUUUAUUAUUGUUCAAUCUGAAGCUAUUGUAUAACAAAAUCGUCUUUUUAACGGGAUUGUACAAUUCUGAUUUAUAUUGUUGUAUAAAUAUUUUGUUAUUGAUAUUUUUAAAGAUAUAUAUACAUAUUGCGUAUUUUAGAAAAUCAUUUUGUUGUGAGAUAUGUUUUGUUUAUACUAUGAAUAUAUUUUUGAAGCUAUGACACACAAGAUUAUUAUUUUUAUGCGCGGAAUAGUUUCUAUUAUGUGUUCAAAUAGAUUUUGAGCCACGUCAGAAUGUUAGCGAGCAGGUUUCUAAGUAAUACUUGUUGUUUAUUCAUUUAGCACUUCACUGGCCAAUGAGUAUUUCCCCGCUAUAUCUUAAACAAACCGAUUGUGAUUCAUACCUCUAUAAAAGCUGACAGGCCUGAAAUGUACACGAUCCAGUUCUAACCAGUUUAUCGAUUGGAAAAAAAAUCACGGACUACACCAAGUAGUAUUCAUUCCCAUAUAGAACCAUUUUAACAAGAGCUUGAACUUUAGGUAGUUGUGUCAAACGGCAAUGUGACGUAGGCCUGUCUAUUUCAUUGUAGGCCACUCAGCCAUGGCUCUUUGAAAUCAACAGGAUUUGUCUGGCUUUUGAGCAAAGACUACGCAAUCGGUGUAUAUUUCGCUUGAAAUCAGCGUCAUUUUAACUUGUUUUUUACUGAAGAAAUAGAUUGUUACAUCCUAAUAAAAUAUCAAGAUUUGUUAAAAUGGUUCUAAGAGGACUUGGAUAUAUUUCUUUUAUAUAACGUAUUGAUGUACAUUACCAAUGAUGUAGUCAUCACUUCUACCAAUCUACUGGUUCUUUGUGAUUAAUUCAACAAUUUUAAAAAAAGAAAUAUGCCUAUGUAUUUACAACCAGCAAGUAUUAAUUCUUCUAUUUCUUACGGAAACUUUUAGUAAAUUCAUAGUUCUAUAGAAACAGCCAGACUGAAAUCUACACGCCCCAUUUAUCGAUUGGUCGAAAUCUACGGCGGCUGAAACUGACAAGAUACUGACAGGACUGAAAUUGACACGCCCUGUUU